GACCCUGCCCUCAAUUGUAUAGUUCAUAAGGUUCUAUUCUUAAUUCUCAGAACUUACAUGCAUAAAAACAGAGUUUCGGGUUUGAAUGUCAGUUUUCAAAAAUUUUUAUAAUGGAAUACAACUAUCUAGUCUAUUUGGGGUGGUAAUGACAUAUGGCAAACAUCCAAACAUUUUACAUUUGCAUGUAAGCAUGAAGCACUUGUAUUUGCAUAAUUUCUAAACUAGAAACCGAAGGAAGAGAAAAGGGCUUCUGGCUAUCUGUUUUGUGAGACUUGGUGUUUGAUAUCUGUUUCGUUAGACCAUGAUUAUUAUAGUUUCUGCUAUGUGGUUUAUACUAUUGUUUGAUUCUAUGGAGGGUUUGGAACCUAUGCUAACUGCUACUUAAUUGUUUGGGCUCUAAGCUGAGCAACUUUGAUUGAUUGGACUUCUAUGCAGUAGGGAAGCUAUGGUUGGCCUUGAUUAAUGUGAAGUGCACCACAGGUUGUUAACUGGACUCCAUAAACUCUGUGAUUGUUUGUUUUUCUAGAUUGUUUAGUAAUCUGAUUUUAUUUGUUGUGUUUUGAAGUUAAUCAUUUAGUGUUCAAGUUAUGAAGAACCUAUUUAAGAGAUUUGAUCUAUAUGGCUAAGCUAUGCCUGCCACCUUCAUAUUCUAUCUUAUUUGGAUUCUGGUUGUAAGUUUUAACAUGGAUUAUUUGAUUGUUCAUGUUAAUUUGACUCAAAGCUCACUUACAGUUUUAGGUUAUGACUUAUGCUUACUGAGCUUCAUAACUCAUGUUCGUUUCUCUAACCAUUUCAGGUUAACUAAGUGCGGCUAGCAUUUUUGGAAGUCUAGAAAUUUCUUAUGAUUUAUGCGAAGGUAAAUUGUAUCUAUUCAACAUUGCAUGUGACUCUAUUUUUUUAUUUUU